GGGGUGAAAUCUUAGCAUUGCUCACACAGAGAAAACAAUUCCAGAUCGCUAAAUCUGCUUCCUCCAUUCUUUGAAUGAGCCUUCGCCGAAGGAGAAGGUAUGAACUUUUUUGACGUUUACGCAGUAGUUCACGUAGUGGUAAUAGCUUCGAAAGAGACAUUCUUCCUCAAGCCCUUUCUUUUCCUUGGCCAACGCAUGCUUGACUUUCGACAUUCUCGAGUUGCAUGCCGCAACAGUAGCAGAAUCGGAAUAUGCCUGAACUUCACCUGGAUCGUAGUGGUGGUUGUGAUUACUGCCUCGAACACCACUCUACUCGACGGAUCCACAUAGCUGAAGGCCAAAUAGCGAUUGGAAUUGCUCACGUACCGAGUGUUUGAAUGCACUAUCCGGUAUCAUCGUAGAUGAUAUGCAUCAAAGUCUUCGGAGCGCUCCGGGGAUAAAGGACCUUGCUCCAAAGCCCAUCCGAUUUUCGCGAUGUGGCGUGGGCGAAACUGAGUGCGAUUAAUUUAGGUUGGGUAAACUCACCCAGGUGUGGAAAAUUAGCGCUUGAUUAGGUAUUGGCUUAGGCGCGAACAACCCAGGGUAAUUAGCGCCGAGUGGCAAAUUCGGCCUCACGCUUAACAAUCAUGCAUGGCGUGGCCUUACCCCGGAAGGGAUCGCAUUAUAUCAGUAUAUGGGCAGUCUGAGUGUCAGUGUCGUUUGGGGGUGCGACUACGUAGUCCAUUUAGGGGGUGAGUGGCUUUACC